CUUCUCGCAGAUGGGGUUGGAAUCCAGGGAGCGAGAGAGAGAGAGAGAGGAAGGUUGGGAGAACGUGAACUUUCUCUCUCUCUCGCGCGCGCGCGCCGCUCUCGCGGGAACGGCGCAGAGGGCCAGCUCGAGAGCGCGCAGGAAGAAAAAGGAGAGCUGGGAGUAGGAGGAGAGUAGUCUGGAGGCGACGUGUGUGUGUGUGCGCGCGCGCGCGCGCUCAUAGGGAAGGGGGCGGAGCUGAGGCGCGGCGCGCGGAGCUGAGGCGCGCGGGCGGCGGCGGCGGCCAUGGCGGGGCAGCAGUUCCAGUACGACCACAGCGGCAACACCUUCUUCUACUUCCUCACCAGCUUCGUGGCCCUCAUCGUCAUCCCCGCCACCUACUACCUGUGGCCGCGGGACCAGCACGCCGAGCAAAUUCGCUUGAAAAAUUUAAGAAAAGUAUAUGGAAGAUGCCUAUGGUAUCGAUUACGGUUGUUAAAACCCCAGCAGAAUAUAAUUCCUACUAUAAAGAAGGCAAUUCUGCUUGCUGGAUGGGCACUCUUAUUAUUUCUUGCCUACAAAGUUUCCAAAACAGACAGAGAAUAUCAAGAAUACAACCCAUAUGAAGUAUUAAAUUUAGACCCAGGAGCAAGUGUGGCAGAAAUUAAAAGACAAUACCGUUUGCUGUCACUGAAAUACCAUCCUGAUAAAGGAGGAGAUGAAGUUAUGUUUAUGAGGAUUGCAAAGGCUCAUGCAGCUUUAACUGAUGACGAAUCUCGAAAAAACUGGGAAGAAUUUGGCAAUCCUGAUGGGCCACAAGCUACGAGCUUUGGGAUUGCAUUGCCGGCUUGGAUUGUAGAUCAGAAGAAUUCUAUUUUGGUUUUGCUGGUUUAUGGAUUAGCAUUUAUGGUUAUUCUUCCAGUUGUUGUAGGUUCCUGGUGGUAUCGAUCAAUACGUUACAGUGGAGACCAGAUUCUAAUCCGCACAACCCAAAUUUAUACCUAUUUUGUUUAUAAAACUAGAAAUAUGGAUAUGAAAAGGCUUAUAAUGGUUUUAGCAGGAGCUUCUGAAUUUGACCCACAAUAUAAUAAAGAUGCAACAAGCAGACCUGUAGACAACAUUCAAAUACCACAGCUCAUCAGAGAAAUAGGUGGCAUUAAUUUAAAGAAAAACGAACCUCCACUAACUUGUCCAUACAGCUUGAAAGCCAGAGUGCUCUUAUUGGCCAAUCUUGCCAGAAUGAAAAUUCCUGAAACACUUGAACAAGAUCAGCAGUUUGUACUGAAAAAGUGCCCUGCUUUGCUUCAAGAAAUGGUUAAUGUAAUUUGCCAAUUAAUAAUUAUGGCACGUAGCCGUGAAGAAAGGGAGUUCCGUGCUCCAUCUUUGGGUUCUUUGGAGAACUGCAUGAAACUUUCACAGAUGAUUGUCCAAGGACUUCAGCAAUUUAAAUCUCCACUCUUGCAACUCCCACAUAUUGAAGAGGAUAAUCUCAGAAGGGUCUCUAAUCAUAAAAAGUACAAGAUCAAAAGUAUUCAAGAUUUGGUGAGUUUAAAGGCAUCAGAUCGUCAUAAUUUACUCCACUUCCUUGAAGAUGAAAAAUAUGAAGAAGUUAUGGCUGUCCUCGGUAGCUUCCCACACAUCACAAUGGAUAUCAAACCCCAGGUUUUGGAUGAUGAAGAUAGCAAUAACAUCACAGUAGGAUCACUAGUCACAGUAUUGGUCACUUUGACAAGACAAACAAUGACAGAAGUGUUUGAAAAGGAACAGUCAACCUGUUCGGCUGAAGAGCAGCCUGCAGAAGAUGCUCAAGGUGACACUAAUAAAAUUAAGAACAAAGGAUGGCAACAGAAGGCUAAAGGGGCAAAGAAGACUUCUAAAUCAAAGAAGAAAAAAGUUGUCAAAAAGAAAGCCGCACCUGUACCUCCUCUGCCACAAACAAAGCAGCAGAAACAAAAGCAAGCAAAUGGGGUUGCUGGGAGUGAAGUCAUCAAAGAAGAUGAAGAAGAAGUUUCUGAUAAAGGAAGUGAAUCCGAUGAAGAUGACACGAAUAGGGACUCUUUAAGUGAAAAAGAUGAUGGAAGCGAUAGAGACUCCGACAGAGAACAAGAUGAGAAACAAAGCAAGGAUGAUGAAGCUGAGUGGCAGGAAUUACAGCAGAGUAUACAGAGGAAAGAGCGUGCUCUCUUGGAAACCAAAUCAAAAAUAACCCAUCCUGUUUACAGUCUCUAUUUUCCUGAGGAAAAACAAGAGUGGUGGUGGCUAUAUAUAGCAGAUAGAAAGGAACAAACUCUAAUAUCUAUGCCAUAUCAUGUCUGCACACUAAAAGACCGAGAAGAGGUAGAACUAAAAUUUCCUGCACCGGGCAAACCCGGAAACUACCAGUAUACAGUUUAUUUAAGAUCGGAUUCCUACAUGGGCUUGGACCAGAUCAAACCAUUGAAGCUGGAAGUUCACGAAGCCAAGCCAGUGCCAGAGAACCAUCCACAGUGGGAUACAGCAAUCGAGGGCGACGAAGACCAGGAAGACAGUGAGGGUUUUGAAGACAGCUUUGAGGAAGAGGAGGAGGAGGAAGAGGAGGAUGACUAAACAUGGCUAUGAACUAACAGUCUUACGUGGGACAAUUCUGCAAAACUUUGACCUGGGAAAGGAAAAAAUAAAACUCUGUUAGAAGUAUGGAAGAUGGAUUUUCUUCUUCUUUUUAGUUUCUCUUUACCAAUUAUGAGUGCUUUAUGUAACUUCCCAGUGGAAGUCUGUCAAUCAGUCAGUUGGUAUAAUCUGGGAGAUGCUUAUGGCUCUUUACAGCCUUUACAUACAGGAAGGUGCAUUUAUUCGAACUGAAAAUAAAAGCUUUUUUAUCCUAAGUGUCCAGAAGUGUGGGCUAUGUUGUCUGAUUGACUUUUGGUCCAAUAUAUUAAGAGAUGCUAUUAUUAAGUAGAAGCAAUCUUUAAAUAAACUUUUCAUAUUAGAAGAUUUGUUUUACAACAUUUUUGAAGGCAAAAUUAACAUACUUUGAAGUUUCUGUUUUACAGAGAUUUUUUUUGCAGUGGCAUUACAAACAUUUCUGAAACUGAGAUUAUUCAUUGCUUUUAAACACCUGUCUUGUUCCUUUUGACUUCAGAAAUUGGCAUCCUGCCUUCACUUGGCUUCAUUCCAUAUUGUCAUGAUGGCUAAUCUUUUGAGACUUAAUGUACCUACAGGGAGGGGAAUUUUGCUCCAGGUUUUAAGCAGAUUACACGUAUUUCUCAGUUUCUUAAUGGCUUAAAACAUAUUUAGGCAUCCAAAAUCAGCAAAUCAUACAGGAUUUAUUCCUUAGAAUAAAACUGUGUGCAUAAAAUGAUUGUGGGACCAUGUGUUAAACAAAGUGGUGGUUUAACACUGAAUGCCUUUUACUAAAGGUAAAACUAUCAAAGCUUGGCUUUUAAUCCACCUUCCCUGUUAGUAGUCUUUUAAAUUGGACUCACAUGCUAAGAUGGGUUUUUUUGUAUUUAUUGAAAACAAUUCAAAAUAAACUGGACUAAAUUUGAUAAAACCCUGCUUUGUAAUAGUGCAUUUUUCCUCUCUUCUGAGGGCUGAACAGGGAUAUUAGCAUGGAUAACCAAACUUCAUUCUCAACUUAAAUAUUUGCUUUUGAUUUCUAAGGCAUAUCUGAGGUCUUUGGCAAGGGAGGAGCAAAACCAUAUAAUAAAUUCCAGUCUUUCUUCCCACAUGUAAAGAAAAUAAUUUAUCAGUGUGGUUAGAAACUGUAAAGAUAACAUUAAAAUGUCAAUCAUAUAGUAAUUUUUUUUAUCACAGAUAUGUUGAGGAACUAUAAGACUGAAAUACUGUAAAAAUUGACAAAUAAAUUUGUCAUACAGGGACAUUUCCAUAUAAUGGAAGCCACUUAAAGUCCAAAUGAGCUACUCACUUAUUUGUGACCUUGUUUAUGAAAUUGAGGAUUGUCACUUUAAAUGCAAACUUACAUUGAUAUAUUUCUUUGUAAUUGCAAUAGUUGCAAAUAAAAUUUGAAAAUGUCCUAAA